CCCAAUGAUGGAUUUUGAUGAGCGUGGUCCCUGCUCCUCUAACAUGUAUUUGCCAAGUUGUACUUACUACGUCUCGGGUCCAGAUUUCUCCAGCCUCCCUUCUUUUUUGCCCCAGACCCCGUCUUCGCGCCCAAUGACAUACUCCUACUCCUCCAACCUGCCCCAGGUCCAACCCGUGCGCGAAGUGACCUUCAGAGAGUACGCCAUUGAGCCCGCCACUAAAUGGCACCCCCGCGGCAAUCUGGCUCACUGCUACUCCGCGGAGGAGCUCGUGCACAGAGACUGCCUGCAGGCGCCCAGCGCGGCCGGCGUGCCUGGCGACGUGCUGGCCAAGAGCUCGGCCAACGUCUACCACCACCCCACCCCCGCCGUCUCCUCCAAUUUCUAUAGCACGGUGGGUAGGAACGGCGUCCUGCCGCAGGCUUUCGACCAGUUUUUCGAGACGGCCUACGGCACCCCGGAAAACCUCGCCUCCUCCGACUACCCCGGGGACAAGAGCGCCGAGAAAGGGCCCCCAGCGGCCACGGCGACCUCCGCGGCGGCGGCGGCGGCGGCGGCGGCGGGCGCGCCGGCAACUUCAAGUUCGGACGGCGGUGGCGGCGGCGGCGGCGGCGGCGGCGGCGGCGGCGGCGGCUGCCGGGAGGCGGCGGCGGCGGCGGAGGAGAAGGAGCGGCGGCGGCGCCCCGAGAGCAGUAGCAGCCCCGAGUCGUCUUCCGGCCACACUGAGGACAAGGCCGGCGGCUCCAGUGGCCAACGCACCCGAAAAAAGCGCUGUCCCUACACCAAAUACCAAAUCCGCGAGCUGGAGCGGGAAUUCUUUUUUAGUGUCUACAUUAACAAAGAGAAACGCCUGCAACUGUCCCGUAUGCUCAACCUCACCGACCGUCAAGUCAAAAUCUGGUUUCAGAACAGAAGGAUGAAGGAAAAAAAAAUUAACAGGGACCGUUUACAGUACUACUCAGCUAACCCACUCCUCUAAGGCUCUCGUGGGCUGGAAUUGGGUGGGGGGCUUCAUAUAUGGAAGAUAAUAUGCAGAUUUUGCCCUUGACAAGGUCAAGCCACAUGGUGACUUUUGAAAAAAGAGGUGUACAAGACAGAGGAGGCUGCACGGAGAUAAUGCAACAAGAGGAGGGAGGAUGGGACUCAUGGUUAAGAUCUCAAUGGUUGAUUGCUAUUAAUAAUUGGAUUCGGAGAGUUGUGCAUCAACUAGAAUGAAUGGUUGGGACCCCUGCUGGCUCACUCUGAGAGCCUGCAGACUAUUCAGAGGCUGGGUGUGGUCUCCGCUGGGGGACUGGGCCCCCUGCCAAGACCCCCUGGGGUCUACUUUCCCAAGACCCUCCACACAGAGCCUGCCUACCCUUAGGACUCCAAAGUCAAGAAGCCAUGUCCUCUCCAAGCUCCACUGCACUUGGGGACAGGACCAGGAGAAGAGGGGAGCACUUCUAGAUGCGGAAAAAGGGGUUGCUUUCCAAAGGCAAUGUGAAAGGCAGCUGGACCAAGAGGUGACCGGCAGGUGAGAACAGGCUUCAGGGAAGAGAAAUCUACUUCCCAGGUGGCAAUGAUGUUUUCCCCUCCUAGCUACUCACCUCAUAGUACCAUCCUAAGCCCCUAGCGACCACCUCCUAGAGCCCACCUGGAUUUUCUUCCUCCCAAAUGAGGAGUCUUCAUUCCAGUUUGCCACUGAGGCCCAGAGCCUGGUCCAAGAGCUGCAGGUUUCCCCUGAGGUGGAAGACUGAAAAAUCCAGAGGCUGUGCCUGGGCGGCUGGCCUCAAUCUCUGCAGGAAAUGCCUGUGGAGUGUGGCCGUUUGGUGAAGUCUCCACCACAUUUAAUGAAACUUGGAUUUUCUCAGAGUCAGGCAGCAUAGCUGUGGGCCUGGCCAGUGGGUCCAUGACUAUGGCUACAGGGGGCUGGAGUCCCCCACAAUCCCCAGUUCCGGUGCCGAACUCUGCCCUCAUUGGCUCAGAACUAGGCUUGGAAGCUUCUGGUGACCUUCCAAGACCUUGAGAGUGAUUUGGAAUUAUUUUAAAAGAUAAAUAUUAUAUUAUAUAUAUAUUUCCCUGAAGGAACCAAAGUGAAUUUUAAAAGAUGCAAUGUAGAGGGGGCGCAGAGAAAGGAUGAUGAAAAUAUUUAAAGGCUCUAUCUGUUUACAGUGUUCCACGGUUAAACUCGCUCACUGCUAAGAAUAUUUGAAUGUACGCUUCAUACAGGGAUGGUGUUCAAAUGACUUGUAAAUAAAGGAACCAUAACCUAAUUUGUUUCAAUACUUUUGUUUGCCAUUAUUUGAUUUCUUCUGGGUUUUGGAAAGCAGUGCAGCCCAUCAGGACCUGGGAAACAGGCGCCCUCCCUUUGAAUCUGUUCUGCCUCCCAAUGUUAAGGAAUGUCUGCUGUCUCUGUAAUGGGAGUGUUGGCUGGUUCUCGGACAUUACCCACCAUAUACAUUGCAGGAUGCACUCAGACAACAAGACACAAGGAAAAUAAAGACGGAAGAAACUUGAGUGAUGGGUUGUGGUGUGACAUUCCUCUCCCUGUUCUUCUUUUACUGCCAAAUGUCUCCCCUCCUUUGACAUCCUUUUACUGGCAAAGGGGCAAGUUACCACCUCCAUUCCCUUUCCAGAGAAUGAGAAGGUGACUGAAUUAGGAUUUGGAUACAGUAGG